AUGAGUUACUACGGCGGUUACUAUGGAAGCAAGGGCUAUGGCUAUGGCUCUGGUUAUGGCUGUGGAUGUGGCCGCUUCUAUGGCCUAGGCUAUGGCUUUGGUGGCUAUGGCUUUGGAGGCUUGGGCUAUGGUGGCUAUGGCUUUGGUGGCUAUGGCUUUGGAAGACUGGGCUAUGAUGGCUAUGGCUGUGGAUGCUACCGUCCAUCCUGCUAUGGAAGGUAUUAUUCUUCUGCCUUCUACUGA